AUACAAUUCUCCUAUUGGAGCACACAAAGAGAAGCAUCUACCAACGAUUAUCUACUUGAACAACUCCUGCCAAAGUUGUAAUAUCAGACUUGUCCAGCACACCCUUAAGAUAUCGUUCGAAACUGUACAAUGGCCAUUCCUAGUCGAGAGGAAACACACACGCUGAUUAUUGGGGGAGGCCCCGUCGGUCUCACAGCCGCCCUCCUCCUCGCCAGCUAUGGUAUCAAAUCUAUAGUUGUCGAGCGACACCAUGAGCGGCUUGGUCAACCCAAAGCACACGCCAUCAAUCCGCGGUCAUUGGAAAUUUUACGCCAAGCCAGCCUCGACACCGCGGCUUUGAGAAAGGUGGGAGUAUCGAACGAGGAUGGUGACAUGGUCCGAUUUGCCCCUAACAUGACGGGAUUGGAGUUUGGACACCUGCCCUACGAGCGACAGACAAACGAAACCAGAGCAAUCACGCCCGAGCCACUCUUCAACAUUGCUCAACCGCUUCUUGAAGAGUUUUUGCUUGCUGCGGUCAGCAAAAGCAAGUUUACCAAGCUCUGGAAGGGAGUUCAGUUUGAGGAGACCAUCCAGAGCCAAAAAGACGGGCCUCAAGUGUCCCUACUAUUGGAUCGGAGCACUGGGAAUACCUCUCAAAUCGUCAGUAAGUACAUAUUUGUCUGCGAUGGAGCAAAGUCACGCUCCAGGGCUAAGUUCGGCGUGCCAUUCUCGCCACUUCCUGGACUUCCGGAUUUCGAGAUCCCUCACGUGUCGGUGCACAUAAAUGCGGACCUCAGAAAGUUCAAGUCUGGAACGCUCUGGUUCUUUUUUGGACCGAAUAAGCAGAGAACGUUCAUAUGUUAUGACCGGGCGAAGAGCUGGGUUUACGUUGAAAACAUCGACCGAGAGAAAACACCAACCUCUACAUUCACGGAGGAGUAUUGUCGGCGUACGGUUGACGACGCUAUCGGAGAGAAGGUUCCGUAUGACAUUCUUUCCAUUACCCACUGGGGCACGAAGCCACAGGCGGCUGAGGUGUAUCGUUCCGCGACCAAUCCGGCAGCUUUUCUCAUCGGAGACGCUGCACACGUGUUUCCGCCAACAGGUGGUCUAGGGGUCAACACCGGUGUGGCUGAUGCACACAAUCUCGUGUGGAAGAUUCAUGCUGUUGAGCAGAACUGGGCUCAGGAUGCAUUGCUCGAUAGCUACGGUAUCGAGAGGAGACCGGUGGCCGUGAUGAAUGCCCAGCAAAGCGCCUUGAAUAUGACUAAAAUUAACGCCCUCAUGAGUGUGACCUCCAACCUGGACCUGAAAGAUGUCGAGUCGGUCAUGGUGAAUCCAGAAUCAAGCGCGCUGAUUCAGCAGGCGAUAGAGGAUAACUCGGAACACUUCGACUCGAUUAAUCUGCAGAUUGGGUACGUCUACGGCGCGGAAACACCUACUGACCGUCCUUGCAACGAGUUCAUUCCCAGCUCCAAGCCUGGAGGAAGGCUUCCCCACGGAUGGGUUGUCCAAGAUGGUCAACACCGCUCAACCUUGGAUCUGAUCAACGGAGAUGGAUUCGUAGUACUUGCGUCGAAGGACUUCCCAAUCGACAAGGCAGAUUCGGUGCACCCGACAGCGCCUGUCGCCGUAUUUCGAGAGGGGGUUGAUUUCGAUGUUGACGACAGCAGUUGGUUGAAAAUCAUGGACUUCACUUCUGCUGAGCCGGGUGUACUGAUUCGCCCCGAUCAGCAUAUUGUCAGCCGAGUCUCCUCGCUUAGCGACGCGUACUCAAAAUUGAGGGACUACCUGGAGUAGAGAACAAGGGAUAUGGUGUAAUGACCUUAGACGUUAAAUUAUAUAAAUAUUCAUCUCGAG